AUGGAUGCCGGUCACUCCGCUCCAAGAUCCCCGGCAACUAAUCCCAGUGUUGCGGCGAAUAUCGGUAUGGUAGAACGAGAUUGGAAAACGAAUCUUUUUGUAGCUCAGCGCCCGGCAACCCAACGAGAAGAGGCUGAGAAGUGGAUUCCUGCGGAGGCUGUUUCGCGGCCGCUCCAUGGCAAGAAGCAAGGAACAGAAAGAUCGAUCGAAGCCACA